UCCUCGACCAUGGAGGUGCCGGUGCCGCUGCUGGUGCUCCUGCCCACCCUCCUCGCCGGGCUCCUGUCGUGCCCCGGCGCCUUCGCCAGCGUCCCGCCUGACUGCGAAAAGUACGGCGUGAAUGGAUGCCCAAGGCACUACAAUCCUGUUUGUGGGACCGAUGGAGAAACCUACUCAAAUGAGUGUGUGCUCUGCCUUUCAAACAGAGAAAAUACAAAGGAUGUCCAAAUUUCCAAGAAUGGAAAAUGCUGAUCUGGCAAGUGGCCACUCUUCAAGAAAAUGAGGACACAGUCCUCAGUGCUUUGAGGAAACAAUGCUUCAAAUGUACCUUCCACGUAGCCUGUCUUAAUAAAUAGUCUUGCCUGUUAAAAGUACUGUUACUGUAU